AUGCACGAAAUAAUCACGGUCCAGCUGGGCCAGCAAAGCAACUACCUGGCCACUCAUUUUUGGAAUACUCAGGAAUCCUACUUUACCUACUCGGAAAACGAAGAGUCCCCGAUCGACCAUGACAUCCACUUCCGCCCGGGGCUCGCCCCUGACGGCACCGAGACCUUCAUGCCUCGCACCGUCAUCUACGACCUGAAAGGCGCCUUCGGCACCCUCCGCAAGCUCAACGCCCUCUACGACGUCAACGACGAGGCCAACCCUCCUCAAGCGUUAUGGGACGGCACCACAACCCUCUACCGCGCCCCGCCCCUCGCCGAAUCCGCCUACACGACCUCCCUCAACCAAGGCCUGCCGCCGCCGCGCCUGACCCCGGCCUCGAUCCGCUUCUUCGCCGACUACUCGCGCGUCUUCUACCACCCGCGCUCCCUGAUCCCCCUGGAAUACGGUAUCCCGGCGCCAGCCCCCCCCUUCGAGCGGCACGCGGCCGGCGAGGACCUGUUCGCCGCGCUCGACCGCGAGCACGACCUGCUGGACCGCGACCUAAGGCCGUUUGUCGAGGAGGCCGACUGCAUGCAGGCCGUGCAGGUGUUUGCCGGCCUCGAGGACGGCUGGGGCGGGUUUGCCGGCCGCUAUCUGGAGCGGCUGAGGGACGAGUAUGGGAAGGUGUGUCUUUGGGUGUGGGGGGUACAGGAGGGGGAUGGUUGGUUGCUGACUGUCCGGCUUACCCAGGACCGGCGGUUGCUACGGCUGGCCAACAAGGCCAGGACGCUCACCGAGCUGUACAAGCAGGCGUCAAUCGUCGUGCCGCUGGCGGUGCCGGAGCGGCUGCCAGCCAGGAUACACCUGGACCCCGCGGUGCAGUGGCACACCUCUGCCUUGCUCGCGGCCGCCGUGGAGAGCGCCCUCCUGCCGUCGAGGCUGAAGGACCCGGCCAAGAGGGAGUCGCUCGGGGGCAUGGCCGAGGUGCUCAACACCAUGGGCAAGCAGAGCGUGGCGGGCCUGCAGAUGAGCUUUGCUCGGUCAGACUCAGAGGACCAGGAGGAUAUCAGGCCGAGGAAGAAGCUGUCCGAGGAGGAGCUCUCGGAGGGCGUGCAGCUCGAUGUCCGGUUUACGCCGUCGGACCAGCUCGAGCCGUAUUCGCGGUCCAAUGGAUUCGACAGGCCUCGCGUGUUUAGCCAGCUGAUUGCCUCACGAGGCUACGGCGACGAGGAGGCCGAAGACGUGGAGAUGGACGAGCUGGGGCGCCGGGUGCGGCGGAGCGCGUACGAGCCGGUGACAAAGAGUUACAACUCGGCCCUCAAAUUCCCUCUCCUGGACAGCUUCCCAGAGAUCUUCCGAGGCGACGACGGCGAGCCGCUGACGGGUGCAAUCAACAUCACAAGCAGCCUGUCGACCGAUUCGUCCGUCUCUUCCAGGCUGAAGCAGCUCAGGUCAACCGUGAUCCGGUCGAUCGGGCUCGAGGACCGCGAGACCCUCGGGAACGAGCUGAUGGAGAUGGCGGACGAGUACCACGAGGGAUGGUCAAGCGGGAGCGACGAAGGGGAGGACGACUAG